AAGUCGGCAGGGCACUCGAUCCCGAGGCUAUAUCCUCGCACCAGCGCGGUCCGGAGCAUUCCGGAAUGUCUGAGGAGAGCGGUUCAGGCGGCGGUGACCUGCGCUCGGUGGAUUUCGAGAUAUUCGGUCACGUUCAAGGGGUCUGCUUCCGGAUGGUGAGUAAACUCCCCACUUUGGAUACGUCUCGUUCCCCGUGGGCCUUCCCCAAACUGUUGGUUUCCUGUGUCCCUCAGUACACCGAGAGGAAAGGACUGAACCUGGGCGUGGUCGGCUGGGUGAAGAACACCGGCCGCGGCACCGUGGUGGGGCAGGUACAGGGGCGCCAGGAUCUGGUCCAGGAGAUGAAGAUCUGGCUCAGCAAGGAGGGAAGUCCCAGCAGUCGCAUCACUCGGGCCGUCUUCAAAAACGAACGGGACAUCCCUAAACUGGAGCUCGCCGGGUUCUCCACCCGAUUCUGACGCCCGCAGCCCUUGACGGAAUUACGCCACGUCCCGAAAGUUUAUGGACACCAGAUCCAUAUAUAAAUAAAUAAACUCUCUUGUACUA